GCUUCAGAAUACUGGAAGAGAAGUAGAUUCUAGCAGAAAUACCACCUGUUAUAUUCAAAUACUCAUUUAUACUCGAAGUAAUAUAAAGAGCACAAUCCUAACAACACAUCUAUUUGUCAAUUUAAUCCAGCCACUCUGUUUCUUCAGAUUCUGGAACAAGAUACUCGGAUUUGAACUGCAUUUUGGAAUUCAUCUACCCUUAAAAUGCCACCAGCAGUUGGAGGUCCAGUUGGAUACACCCCCCCAGAUGGAGGCUGGGGGUGGGCAGUGGUAUUUGGAGCUUUCAUUUCCAUCGGCUACUCUUAUGCAUUUCCCAAGUCUAUUACUGUGUUCUUCAAAGAAAUUGAAGAAAUAUUCCAUGCCACCAGCAGUGAAGUGUCAUGGAUAUCCUCCAUCAUGCUGGCUGUCAUGUAUGGUGGAGGUCCUGUCAGCAGUAUCCUCGUGAAUAAAUAUGGCAGUCGUCCAGUCAUGAUUGUUGGUGGCUGCUUGUCAGGCAGUGGCCUGAUUGCAGCUUCGUUCUCUAACAGUGUACAGGGGCUUUACUUUUGUAUUGGAGUCAUUGGAGGUCUUGGGCUUGCCUUCAAUUUGAAUCCAGCUCUGACCAUGAUUGGCAAGUAUUUCUACAAGAGACGGCCAUUGGCAAAUGGACUGGCCAUGGCAGGCAGUCCUGUGUUCCUCUCUACUCUGGCCCCCCUCAAUCAGGCUUUCUUCGGUAUCUUUGGCUGGAGAGGAAGUUUCCUAAUUCUUGGAGGUUUACUACUAAACUGCUGUGUGGCUGGAUCCCUGAUGCGACCAAUAGGGCCCCCCCCAGCCAGUGCAAAGAAAUAUCAGCCCACAGAAACCAUUGAGGAAGCUGGAAAGUCUGGUUCAAAAGUGGCAGGUGAUGCAAAUACAGAUCUCAUUGGAGAAAAACCCAAAAAGGAGAAAAAGUCAGUAUUGCAAACAAUUAAUCAAUUCCUGGACUUUUCCUUGUUCACUCACAGAGGCUUCUUGAUAUACCUCUCCGGAAACGUGGUCAUGUUUUUCGGACUGUUUGCUCCUUUGGUCUUUCUUAGUAAUUAUGGCAAGAGUCGGCAUUACUCUAGUGAGAAGUCUGCCUUCCUUCUUUCCAUUCUGGCUUUUGUUGACAUGUUUGCCAGACCAUCUAUGGGACUUUUAGCCAACACAAGGUGGAUAAGACCUCGAGUUCAAUAUUUUUUUGCUGCUUCUGUUAUUGCAAAUGGACUGUGUCACAUGGUAGCACCUUUGACUACCAGCUAUAUUGGGCUCUGUAUUUAUGCUGGAGUUUUUGGGUUUGCAUUUGGGUGGCUCAGCUCGGUAUUGUUUGAAACACUGAUGGACCUCGUUGGACCCCAGAAGUUCUCCAGUGCUGUGGGAUUGGUGACCAUUGUUGAAUGCUGUCCUGUCCUCCUAGGGCCACCACUUCUAGGUCGUUUCCAUGACAUUUACGGAGACUACAAAUAUACGUACUGGGCCUGUGGCAUAGUUCUCAUUUUCGCAGGCAUCUAUCUCUUCAUUGGCAUGGGCAUCAAUUAUCGAAUGACUGAAAGAGAAAAAUCGAGGCAGCAGGAAAAGGAGAGUAAAGAGGAAGAGGCUGGUGUACAGGUUGAGACACCAAAAGCAAUUACCAACACAGCGGAAUCACCAGAGCAGAAAGACACCGAAGGAAGCCCCAAAGAGGAGGAGAGUCCAGUCUGAGCCUGUGGGGCUGAAGGGCUAGCAAGAGAGGAACUUUGAAACAACCUCUCUGAAGCAUCCAGAGGAGUCAACCUUAAAGACGUUCUGAAAAGCCCAUUCCUCCUCCUUGUGUCAUGACAGAUGGAGGUGGCGUUUACGGGAGAAGCUUGUGACUGCAGGCAGGCUUGGCUCUAGUUUGGACUCUGCCAUUUUCCAUGGACCUGAGUCCGUAACUUCUAUGUGCCUCUCUCCCUUCUAUAAUAACGAGGAUCACUGUCAGUGGGGGAACAGUAAGGAAACGUCAGGAAGGGGGGGAGGGGAGGAAAGGUAGCUGAAGCAGAUGUAUAGGAUUCUUUUCCCCAUUCCAGCUGCUGAGCUACACCCACACAUAAGCCCCUGCUUGUUGGUCUUUGGUCAUUAACUGAAUCUUGUUAGUGAAGGGAAGGGUUUACCAUGCAGAUUAACCAGCACUUAUUAGCAGGACAGGUUCUGAAGCUGCUGUAUUUAGAAGCAAGGGCUAAACACGGGCUCAAAACCGGACCCAAAGCUUUAUCAACCCAGUCCAACGCUGACUUUCUUCCACUGAAGACACAGGCUUAAGGGAUUGCAUUAAGAUCAGCUUUGGUAACCGCCAACACUAAAACCCACUGGGCCUACUCUGUGCCAUCUGUUGUUCACAAGCAGCUAGUCCUCUGUUACAGUGUUGCCUUAAACAACGAGGCAGCUAGGCUUUCUGACCCAGUCUGUUGCCAACUGCCCUAUGUGGGAACUAAGUUUAUUUCAGUUCACACAGUUUGAGCGGCUGCUUUUGGAAAAGAGAUGUGCACAUAGAGUACCUGCCUAUCUCUUUUCUCUGCCCACACCCUCCGGAAGUCACAGAGGGACCUGUGCAGCUCUUCCAUAGUGGUAGUGCCCAGAAAGCCGCAAGAGUCGCGCUGAAGCAGGCUCCCAAGGCAAAGCUGAAAAAUAUAAAUGUCUGGGUUUUACCUUCCCUAACAAAUGCUUCCCAGUAUAAUAAACUUCACAGUCAGUUGUGUCCCCUCCCCCUGUACACACCCCCCACCACACACACACACACACACACUUUUGAGUUAGAAAGAUGAGGAAAAGUUAACCAAUUUCCAUCUUUGCAACAUGGCUUGUUUUAGUAAUCAGGCCAUGCACCUGCCUAGAAGACGUGGAGAAGGAGGUUCAUGACAGGCUGUGUCACUAUGAAGAUUCCUUCAAUACCGGGCAGGAAGGCACAGCCCACGCUUGCCUCACUUGCCCAAAUGUGAGCAGUUGAGCCAAGCUGCUGCAGAGUUUAGAAGCAUCUAAAGGGGUUGCAAGUACACAGUCCUGAAAUGUGUUUGAGCUUCAGAGUUUUAGAUUCGGCCGCCCUUUCCUCCAUUCAGUCUGGGCUAUAGUGACAAACGCAUUCAUUCAUAUGAGAGUGACUGGCAGAGUAUCUUUCUCCUUAGUGCAAGAGCAGUGAUUUGCUUACUUUUUGCUGACUUACUAGAGGAGGCUGGGAUAGUCUAUUGGCUGCUUAACAAUAUAGGCUACCAAGGUUCAAACAAGUUAUUUAGUCUCCCUACACAUCAGGUUUUUUCUUCUGUUAGGUGUUGAGAGGAAUGAGUAUUAACCUCCCUCGGGUUGCCAUGAAGGUUAGUGGAUAUGUGACAUCUCAUGUUAAGCAAGGGCUUAAUAAUAAGUGUAAGCAUCUUACUAUUUUAAAAAUCAAGGAAAAUUGAUACUUGAGAAAAAAUGAGCUCUUCUAAUUCCCAAAAUGGAUCCUUACUUGCAGAAGAUAGUGUGCAAGUGACUCUUAAAGAUAAGAAUAGCCCUGGUGUGGCUCAGCUGGGCAGGCGUCAGCCUGGGCACAGAAAGGUUACCGUUUCCCAGUCAGGCACAUGCCCGGUUGGAGGCACGAUCCCUGGUAGAGGGUGUGCAGGGGGCAGCUGAUUGAUCUUUCACUCUCACAUUGAUGUUUCUCCCUCUCCCUUCCUCUCUCUCUAAAAAUCAAUAAACAAUUCUUUAAAAAAAAAAAUAGCUAAAUGGUCAAAUUCUCCCUUUUGAUCAGUUUCUCCCUUUAGUCUAAAAGGGGAUCGUGAGCCCUGAAAAUACAUCCUGCAUAUCAGAUAUUUACAUGACGAUUCAUAACAGUAGCAAAAUUACAGUUAUGAAGUAGCAACGAAAAUAAUUUUAUGGUU